UCGUCGCUCAAAAAAUUCCUCGCUGGUCUCGAUAGGAUGCCUGUCAUUGACACACACAAGGUGGGUAUCAUGUAUGUCGGCCCUGGUCAACGUGACGAGGUUGAUAUCCUUCGCAACUCCCAUGGUUCGCCGGCAUACACUCGCUUUCUUGAAGGAAUCGGGCGUUUGAUCAAUCUACGUGGCCAAGUGGACGUGUAUGCAGGGGGCCUUGACCCCGAAGAAGAUGGCGAAUAUGCCUAUGCCUGGUGGGACGACAUCGGGCAGAUAUUGUACCACACAGCAACUUUAAUGCCCAAUAACCCUGCCGACCCGCAAUCUAACAAUAAAAAACGCCACAUUGGAAACGAUUACGUUCGAAUUGUCUGGAACGACUCGGGGAUACCCUACCGAUUCGACACCUUAACGACGCAGUUCCAGUUCGUAAACAUCGUCGUGGACCCUCAUUCUCUUGGUGCUAUUGCUGCCUUUUCCAACAAUCUCCACGAGACCGAAUAUUUCAAGGUCACUGUCCAGUCGGCGCCAGGCAUGCCCGAGUUUGCUCCCCUUGGACAUUUUAAGCUUAUAUCUGCGGAAAACCUCCCCCUUCUCGUUCGGCAGCUCAGUCUGCUGGCCGAUUGGUUCGCAUCUGUCUUCGCAGACACCCAACACGAUACCAUCCGUGUCGAGAUGAAAACUAACUGGCAUAAUCGCUUAGAUGCAAUCAUUCGCUUUAAAAAUAAUAUGCCCAAGGAAGAACCAGGUGAAUGUGUUGAAGGAAUAAUGGGACAGGAAGCUUUUCGAGACUUCACCACAUCAAUGUAA